AUGGAAGAAGAUUUAAGUCCAAACGACGACAUGAGCGCUUGGGAUUCGUAUGGAAAAACGCCCCCGAGAACGAAAAUAUUGAGGAAAAAUAGGGAGAGGAAACAGAAGUUUUCGAGUCCAGAAAUGUCUGGACCAAAAACCCAUCCCAAGUCCAAACAGACUCUGAUAAGACGCAACACGGUGAGCACCAUGUAUGACGAGCUGAUGGCCAAAGCUGACAAAACUGAUUCUGAACAAGGUUUUAGCAGUGGCGGUAGUAAAAGGUUGAACAAGAGACAAAUGAAAUUGCUCAGAGGCUCAGAACGCGAUUUAAAACUGGACAUUGUCAGUGCUCAGGCUUCGGCCCAAGUCGGGCCGGCUCAAUCCAAAAAAUCCGGAUUCGGAGUUUGGCAGAGUUAUGGACACGCGCCUAAAACUCCCAGUUAUUCGAUUGAAAGCUGCAAAAGGUUUAUGUGUUUGAUGGGCAGGACCCUUCCUUGUCACAAACAAGCGUUCAAAGAUUGUAAAGAAGACAACAAAAAAAAAGACUCUCAAGAAGUUUCCGCUGAAGAGUGUCCACAAAGUAGAGUGGAGUUUUACCAAACUUUAAGCGCACUGAUUAGAAUGGGUGUCGGUAAAGAAGAUCGAAAUCCGAGAAGAGGCAUGAGCCGCGAAGAAUCCCUCUGGCAAACCGAACUAAAAGAUCUCAUAUGGCUGGAACUGCAAGCCUACCACGCAGACAGAACUCCAAUGGAAGAAGACGAGUAUUUGUGCUUAGCUCGGCAAUCUGUGGACUCACUACUGGAAAAUAUUAUGAGUUAUAAGUUUAAGCGACACCACAGAAAAUAUAGCUCUCAAAAUAGUGAUAGUGGCGUGGAAGACGAUUGUGUUGGGUGCAAUUCGAUUUUUUGUUGUUCGUGCAUGGAGGCUCAAAAUGAAGCACUCAGGGAAAUUGGAGGUUUAAUGAAGAGGCUUGAAGAUGCGGAAUCUUUGUUUCCUUCUUCCAAAGCUUUUGCGGAGCUGUAUCCUGUGUAUAAUAGUCCAGAGUUUGUUAGCAGGGUUAAAGCUAUAAGUUUGUGGUUCAACAUGACCGAAAUGCAAAGACUGAAAUUGAACAUCCUCGCUCGCUUGGUGCUCUAUUUGGAUCCGAAAUCCGGAAAUUGGCCUAUCAUGUCCGACGAAGUCUCGUCCGGGUCUUCUUCUGAUAGUAACAACAGUAUUGGUUCCUCUAUGGACGGAAGUAUGCUUAUCAAAAACGAUAUGUACAAUAUCGUACCUCUGGCUCUAUUUAUAUCGAAAAAAGACCACAACAAUGUUUCACCUUAUAGAAGAUAUAUUGAAAAUGUACUUAAAACAAGAGCUCUCUCGAAAAGUGUAUCUUUUUUGGAGUUGUUGCAUAACAAUGUUUUGCAUAAGGUGCAUAUGACUUUGGCAAAGCCAGAUUUUAUGGGAAUAUUUUCCAAAACAGUCUGUGAUGAUCAAGAAGAAGAACUGUUACGCUAUGGCAGUUGGAGUCCGGAAGCUAAAAGUCUGGAUUUGCCUUCUUACAGGUCAAUGUUUUUGUUUUUGAUGUUUGUGCCAUUGGAAGUUAUCAAAGAGUAUUUGCAUAUGAGGCUGGAACAGAAACCUGAAAAUCCUUCACCGUUGAGUGUAAGACAACUUAUGAGAGAACUUAAAGAAGGAUUGAAAAUUGCUGCACUUGAACGGAAUAGAAUUAAUAAAUAUAUUGUUGCAGUAGAAUCAGGAGGAGAAAGUCUUCCAGAUUUUCAAUAUAAAAUUUUGGAUGAUUUUCAAAAUUGUAUGGUCAAAGUGUUUAAGGAUUACUUGGAAUAUUUAGAGCAUUGGGUGUCUUUUAGUCGCAACACCUUUCACAAGAAUCUGUUGGAAGAAGAAUAUUAUUUUUCAUUGUCGGUGGUGAAUAAUAUCGAAAAAGGAAACGAAUUGUUGGCUAGUAAAUAUGCAAAAAUUUUGGGCAGUAUUUUAGAGAGGAUCGCUACACGGUUGAUGCAAAAAAUUGAUGAAUUUUUGCACGAGAUUAGUAAGGAAGAUGUAAAUACUUUGAAGCAAACAAUGUUUAAUGUGUGCAGGGAGCUGCAAAUCUUUUUCAAUGACGAAAGAGAGAUGACUAUGAAAACUAUGGCUUUUACAACCUUAAUUAAAAAAGAAAGUUUUAAAUAUAUUACUAAGGAAGACAUGAUUUUUGUAAAGAAUUCUAUAGUAGCAUUUAAAUGUUUAAUACCCAAAGCCAUAGCAAAAGUACAAAGUUUCUUUGAUUACACAACAAUUGAAGCUUUUGACGAAUCGGACAGACUUGCUUUGGCUGCAAGAAUAAGAGAAAUUUUAUUGCAAAUUUAUAGAUUUGGAUUUGAGUUCUACAAAGAAGUCACAGAUGGAGUAUCAUCAGAAUUUCGUGCCAAAGUCGUUUACAGUAUGGUCCAUUUCGCUAAACUUUGGAUGUCUUUUGUAACAGACAGGUGCGAAAGAGGUCGAGGAAUGCGUCCCAGAUGGGCCACCCAAGGCAUGGAGUUUCUACUGACAGUAACCGAGCCGGCAAAUACUCGAUAUUUAUCCGAAGAAGAAUUUGAAGAUUUAAAAAAAACAAUGGACGAAUGUAUUUCGCAUUUAAUCGGUACUACCGCACCUUCAACUCCUGAAAGUGGAUUUCAUUCGGCUUCGCCUAGGCCGUCUCUGGAGCAUAUUAGAAUCAAAUCCAGAGGUUCCUCGCCCAGUCCUAGGCCCACUUAUAAAAGCCAAAGAUCGGCACCUACUAGAAAAACUAGCAUGGAACAACAAUCUCCAAACAACGACACUUUGGAUCAUAUUAAUUUGAGUUUUAAUAAUUUAAGUUUGAAGAGAGAUAAGAGUUCUAGUUUGGUUAGGAUUAAGUUGCCGCCAAAAACUCAUGAAGAACGCGUAUUGGAUGCCAUAGAACAUUUAGAACAUAAAAUUGAUGAAAAGUUGCACAAAGAGCAACUGAUUGGGAAAAUUUUACAGUGCAAUAAUGAGAAAAAGAAUCUAGUAGUCAGGAAGAAUGUGACUUUUUCAUGGCAGAGAGGCAUUAAAAUCGGCCAGGGCCGUUUUGGUAAAGUAUACACUGCUGUUAAUAAUAAAACCGGUGAAAUGAUGGCUGUUAAGGAAAUUGCUAUUCAGCAUAAUGAUACUGUAACUAUUAAACGGAUUUCAAGUGAAAUGAAAAUUUUGGAAGGAAUUUCACAUAAUAAUUUAGUCAAGUAUUAUGGCGUAGAGGUUUAUACAGAUAAAAUGCUAUUGUUUAUGGAAUUUUGUUCAGAAGGCACCCUGGAAAAUCUUAUAAUAGCGGCAGAAAACGGAUUGCCUGAAUUACUAGUCCGCAAAUAUACUUUUCAAUUAUUAAGCGGAGUAGCUUGUCUUCAUGAGCACGGCAUUGUACAUAGAGACAUUAAACCUGCAAAUAUAUUUUUGACUCAGGAAGGUAACUGUUUGAAAAUUGGCGAUUUCGGUUGCGCUGCUAAAAUUAAAAGCCACACGACGAUGCCUGGAGAGUUACAAGGCUUUGUAGGAACACAAGCUUAUAUGGCGCCAGAAGUUUUCACAAAAAACAUGAACGAAGGUCACGGAAGAGCCGCGGAUAUUUGGUCAGUGGGCUGUGUUGUUAUCGAAAUGGCUUCAGGAAAACGUCCCUGGGCUCAAUACGAUUCCAACUAUCAAAUAAUGUUCAAAGUAGGCAUGGGGCAAAGCCCUGAUCCACCCGACGAUCUGAUUGACGAAGGCUUGGAUUUUUUGGAUUUGUGUUUCAAGCACGAUCCAAAGGAAAGGGCUACAGCUGAGGAUUUGUUGACACAAAAUUUCGUCAAAGUUGGCGAUGAGUUUAUUUAA